UCUGCAUUGAGCAUACCCUCAUUCAGUUGCCAGUCUACCCCCACAUCUCUGCAUUUCCCCUGUCUCCAGUCUCUCCACCCUCACGUUGGAGCCUCUCCACCCAUUUCCCAGCCUCUCGUUCUGCUCACAGACACCUCGAUCCAUUACUGAACACAGGGAUUAGGCAGACCUGACAUGGGAAAUGGGCACAGGACAAGGGGCAGUGCCAGGAACAGACUGGGGAACCAAGUGACGCGCAUAUAACAGGAGCAGAAGAGAUAGAGGAGGGGGAAGCAGGAGAGACGGAGAGACAGAUAGAGAAACAGAAGAGAGACAGAAACACAGGAAAGCUAUCGAAGAGAGAAUAACUGGAAGACUAACAUUGAAAUCUGACUGGGACUGACAAGAGUUAAAAUGUUGAAAGGAUGUGACAGAACUGAUGUUCAAGGGUUGAUGAGAACAGGAGAGGUAGACAUUGAGUAGGAAGAAGGCAUUGAAAUCCAUGAGUGUGGUGGGACACCAUAUAUAUGUAGAGAACACAUGUGACAUUCUAGUGGGCAUCAUUUACAAGGCAUUUACAAGGAGGGAUUCCUCUGGAGAACUCAGAAGAAAAAAAGUCUCCAUGUCCUAACUGGUACUUGGACCAACUGUGAGAUGGGGGAUCCAUUCUCACCAUCAAGGGGACCUAGUCUAGACCAGUGGUUCACUAAGAGAACAUCGUAGGCAUGAUACCUUACUAACAGAGAAAUGGCACUUUUAUGGUGGGCACUAAUCUGGUGCCAUCAUGCCCAGCAGAUUCUAUAUGCCAAUCCUACUUUCCAGAUCACUUCAUCGUACAAUGUCACUAAGGAGGAAAUUCCCACUCAAAUACCAACUACCCCUCCACCAUCCACCCCUUCAUCUACUCUACCUGCCCUUUCACUUCCAUUUCCUUCCACCUUUUUGCCAUUUUUUUCCACUUCUGUUCCAGUUUAUUCACCCUCUCCUCCAGUCUCUUUUCCUUUUCCAUCCACCACCUUUCCAUCCACCAUGACUCAGUCUUCUCCUGUUAUAUCCUCUUCACCUGACCCAGACCAGCCUGAUGAGGACGAUCGUAGGGCAGCUCUAAACUUCCUGCAUUCAGGUAACCUUCUCUUCUUAUCUGAAUCCAACUGCUCAAAGAGGUUUGAACUCACUGACCUGAGAGGUUCCCCAACGGACGCAGUUCUUUAUCACACAAGAGGUCCAAGGGACUCCUUGCUUCAUGCCACUAACUUCCUCAACAUGAUAUUCCAGGCCAGUGACAUGCGUGAAUCCAGCAUAAGGGAGGAUAUGGAAUGGUACCAUGCUCUAGUAAGAAGCCUGGCAGGAGGGGACCCACAAAUCCGCCGGGCACUACUUUCCAUUACAACCCACCCAAUGUCCUCCAAACCCCAGCUGCUUCUUCAGGCCACAAAAGAGGGCCAAGAAAUUUUAUUACGAGACCUGUCCUCACCCCAUUACCAUAAAAAACACAGAACAGGUUGGGAGUUUUGGGGCUCCUUUCAGGCUAAUCCGUCUCUUACCAAGGAAAUCUUGCUGAAUGACCUCCAGAGCCUGGAAACUCCAAAGUGGAGCAAGGGAGACAGCUAUAUUGUGAACAUCAGCCAUGUUCAGUGGUCCAAACCUUUUCUGGAGUGUGAGGGAGGACACUUUGUGCAGGGAUGGAUGGUGUCUCUCUCCACAGCAUUUUUUGGACUGAAGCCUGACUUGAGUCCAGAGUUUAAGGGAGCUUUACGAGUGGACGUACGACUGCAGAGUUUGGGAAUUGAUCAGUGUGCUCAAGGGUCCAAGUGGUUUGCCAACACCCACAAUUGUGAUGAGAACAGUACACAGUGCAUAUCGGAUGAAAGAAACGGCUCCAUCCUGGGCAGGUACAGAUGCGUGUGCCAGCCUGGCUAUUACAGGACACAGCAUGAGGGAUCAGGCAGUUCAUACCAAGGGGUAACAGCCUGUCAACGCUGCAGUGAGGGCUGUGCCACAUGUGUGGAUGGUUCGCCGUGUCUUGUACAGGAGGACUGGGCCCUCCGUGUCACAGUGCUGUCACUACAAGCAGCAGGAAUGUUAGGGGUCUUUCUAAGCAUGCUGGUGGCCUACCAUUUUCGGGAGAGCAAAAGAAUUCGUGCCUCAGGACUUCUUCUUCUAGAGACAAUCUUGUUUGGGUCACUGCUUCUCUACUUUCCGGUAUUCAUCCUCUACUUCAAGCCAAGUAUUUUCCGCUGCAUGGCUCUGCGCUGGGUGCGUCUCUUAGGAUUCUGCAUUGUAUAUGGGACCAUUGUUCUAAAACUGUACAGGGUAAUGAAGGUGUUCAUUUCUAGGACUGCACAGCGUGUCCCAUACAUGACAAGUAUGCGUUUGCUGCGCAUGUUGUCUGUCAUUGUGUUGUUUUGCAUCUGGUUCCUGGUGGGAUGGACUUUGGGGAUGCUUGAGAAUCUACAGAGAGGUGUUCCCAUGGUAAUCCGUUCACAGACACGCGAGGGGCUUGUUUUUUACACAUGUGACCAUGACCGCUGGGAUUACAUGAUGUCUCUGGCUGAGCUCCUCUUUCUGUUCUGGGGCUGUUUCUUGUGUUAUGGAGCUCGUUCAGUUCCUUCUGCUUUCCAUGAGCCACGCUAUAUGGGUCUUGCAGUGUACAACGAGAUGCUUGUUUCAGCAGCAUUCCAUGUGCUUAGAUUUGUUAUGGUCUCUUCACUACAUCCAGACUGGGCACUGCUCCUUUUUUUCAUCCACACACAUGGAACGGUCACUAUGACGCUCAUUCUACUUUUGGUACCCAAGUUCUUGCAUGCAGGGGGCCCUCCACGUGAAGAGAUAGCAGCUGAGGUGUACGAGGAUGAGCUGGACCUACGACGUUCACGUUCUAACCUGAACAGCAGCAUCACCUCUGCAUGGAGUGAACACAGCUUGGACCCCGAUGACAUCCGGGAUGAACUGAAAAAGCUUUAUGCACAAUUGGAAGUUCAUAAAACAAAGAAGAUGACCCACAACAAUCCACACCUUCAGAAGAAGAGGAGUUCCCGUAGAGGACUAGGCCGCUCUAUUAUACGUCGCAUCACUGAGAUUCCAGAUUCUGUUACACGGCAAUGUGGGCGUGAUGAAAAAGAGGGCUCUCCUGGUUCUAGUGGAGGACAGAGGAAAAGACAGCAAGACAGUGGCAGUGUUAAACUCCGCGAGGAAUCUCUAAGACAAAGAGUCCUUUCACUGCGCAAGUCACACAGCACAUAUGAUCACAUGCAAGAGUCUAAGGAUAGUGGCUCUGUCUCUCCUCGGCUGGAGAGCUCAGCAAGGGAUGCCUCCCUGCGAGACUCCCUGAUGAGACGUAACCUUGCCAAAAAUGUGUCACUGCGUUCUCGUGGUGACUCUCUUCGCCAAGCCCCUUUGGUCUGCAAAUCCCUUAGUGCCCACAAUUUAAUGACAGACAAGAAAUCUCUAAUGGUGCGUCCAGGUGUUUUACAAAAAUCUCACAGCAUGAUAGGGAGUUCUCAUGGAAAAGGCCCACUCACAGGAACCUCAGAAAGCUCCACAGAAAAGGUCACAGAAGGCAGUAGGAACCCGCUUCUAGGAGGUAAUUUUGACAAAGCAGAGGUAUGCCCGUGGGAGCUACAGGAGCUCCCCUCUUCUGCUGAAAGUCGGGGUCAGAAGCAUGUGACUUAUGCACCUGGAAAAUGCAGCAGUGUGGACACCUCACACGCCUCAGGAAAGCCACAUGUCUCUAGGGGGAAAAAAUGUGAAAUGAGUGGUAAACAUCAAAGCUUGGGAAGCAAAGAGGAUCUCAGGAAUGAAAAUGAACAAGACCACAUACAUGAGCAUGUGCAGGAAGAUAAUCACCAGAAACCAGAGAACCCCUUACCUAUCACAGUGAGACCUGGGGCUGCCCAAGUUCAACAACGGAAUGCAGAGGAACAGGGAAACAAAGGACAGAGUUCUGAACCUUCAGGUAUAGCUGGGAAGAGUCCAGAGCAAGGAAAGUCCACAAGACCACUGAACAAAAAUACACUAAAAAGUAUAGUUUUAGCAGUUAGAGCAUUUAAAGGGUCAGCUCCAGGAAGAGAACUAAAGGAGAGAGAGAAACAGACUACAGAAGACAUUGGUAAAAAGCAAGAAGUAAAUAUUUGCACACAGGAUGGAGAAUCUAGCACAAACGUGGAUAAUAAGUUGAACACUAAUGUCCUCGAUUUAGCAGAAAACAAGGACUUGUCUUUCUCCUCAACACAUGGAGAAUGUUUCUUGAAAAUGAAACGGGAUCAAAAGGAUAAUACCUCUUCUUCUAAAACAUCCAAGCAGACUCCACAGUCAACCAGGUUAGAGAGGAUGAGCCAGCUACGGGAAGCUGUUUGCCCCUGGGAAAGCAUGGAAGGACCACAUGAUACACCACAUAAGUCAAACAGCAUAGAAAGCAGAAGAAGUGAAAUUUGUCCAUGGGAAAGCACAGAUAGUGAGGGUCCAGGAGGUCCUCUCAGUCAAUCAGGAAGUAACCUAUCCUUUCAUAGUCCUCAAAUUGCAGGAAAAAACAAUGGGGAAGUGUGGGAGGGUGAAGAUAAGAAUUUGAGAGCACAAAUCUGCCCAUGGGAAGGUGAAGAAGUAAAAGGACUCAGAGCAGAUAUCUGUCCUUGGGAAGUGAAUGAUAGUGAGGAACUAAGAGCAAAGAUAUGCCCCUGGGAGACAGGUGAAGUGGAAGAAUCCUCUAAAGGAGCCCUGAGUGGGCGAAACCUAGUAGUCAAACUAGAAGAAUUGGGAAGGCAGAGAGAUGCAGUGUGCCCAUGGGAAAGUGAGGAGUCAGGAGGUUCCCCUGGGCCUCUCAGCCAGUCACACAGUAAAACAUUUGAUGGGGGGCCUAUUCAGUCUAAAACAUCUGAUAGUUUAGAUCUGGAGGCACGACGGGGAGAGAUCUGCCCUUGGGAGAGUCUGGACUCUGAAGGGACUCCGACAACACUGAGUCAAUCCCAGAGCCAUAGCUGGGACCAUGCAACCAAGAUCCAGGUGGAAUCAAGUCCUUGGGAAGUACCUCAGAGCAACAAGCCAGGCCACAGUCGACUUUACAAGUCCCAAAGUAAGCAGGAUUCUGUGUGUAGCGUGUCAAGUGAAGAGCCAAGGCCACUGUCCAAAAUCAUGAGUAAGAGUGAGGGACGAAUGGGUGACCUGUACCCCUCAGUAAAUCCUACACAGCAAGGGAAACGCUUGCACCACUCUCUACGAAUACAACACAGGGGACUUGCUGAAGAACAGGUGGACUGCACCACAAACCAGCAAGGGACUAAUGUACAUGAUACGGCUACAACCAGUGAAAAUGCCACCUGCAAUCUGUCUGAAAUCUGUCCCUGGGAGGUGCAGAAUCAGCCGUUGGCAACCAUAGAAAACCAGUCCACCUCCAGUAAAGCAGAUGUCUGUCCAUGGGACUUCCAAUAAUAGGUAUUCAUGUCAAUGAAUUGGUAGACUGAUGUUGGAUGCAAUGUGUGUACAUAUUGUUGGCUUAUGAGAGAGACAAUUCAAGGAUAAUGUUGAUAUCAAGCGGGAUAUGCGGGAUGUGCAUUCAAUAGGGAAAGGUCAGAUAAAUGACUAUUCUGCUCUCAAAAAUAAUCAAGUUUCAUGGUAGAAAUUGAACCUUUACCUGUACCUGAACCAUAAAUAAUAAAUCCUCCUUUCUUUUCA